UCGCCUGGUCCAUAACAAUUUCCCUGCCCUGGUCCCUGAGAAUUAUCUGUACGCGUAGCAGGGAGGCCUUGACGAGGUAUCCUAGAACAUGAAGAAAUCUGUAUCCUCCCCACACGCUCGCCUAGGACUGCCUCCUCCCCUCUAUCUCGUGUUUGAAUAGAAGUUAGCUCUUAAGAGGAGCCAGCGCACAGGACACCAGAGCCCAACCCCGAACGUUUAGCUAAACGUCUCAACCUCCCGACUUCCGCUUCCGGUUUCUGGGCUCUGCUGGCUGCCUUCGCUAUGGAAGAACCCGAGAUGCAGCUGAAGGGAAAGAAAGUCACAGACAAGUUCACCGAGAGUGUCUAUGUCCUUGCCAACGAGCCAUCAGUGGCCCUGUACCGGCUACAGGAACAUGUGCGACGUUCACUGCCAGAGCUGGCCCAGCACAAGGCUGACAUGCAGAGGUGGGAAGAGCAGAGCCAGGGCGCCAUAUACACCGUGGAGUACGCCUGCAGUGCUGUGAAGAGCUUGGUGGACAGCAGCGUGUACUUCCGUAGUGUGGAAGGCCUGCUCAAACAGGCCAUCAGUAUCCGGGACCACAUGAACACCAGCGCCCAGAGCCACAGCCAGGAAAAACUGUCCCCUCCUCCUUCCCUGGCCUGACCCUGACCCUGGAAGACUCAGGGCUACCUGCCCAGGCACCGGAGUCACUCUGGCCUUCUGCCCCUCACCCCUGUCUCCCAGUCCUGGCAGAAGACGUUCCUUGGACACCACACUGAGGACUCACCAAGAAGUGAAGACCUAGCAAGUGGCCAGUGCUUGCUGCCUACUGAAUCUGCCAUAAUUGUCUACCUUGGUCAUAAAUUGGGGUCACUCUUCCAGGAGUAUCUUUGUGCGCUGAAUACACUGAUUGUCCAGAA